CUAUAUCCUCACACAAGACAGUGCAUAGUCUACGUUUGAAAAAAAAAAGAAAAGAAAAGAAAAGAAAAGAAAAGAAAGAAACAGCGAGAUAAAGCUUGUCACUUUCAGUAUGACGGCUGAAACGAGACUGUUCCAGUUAUCUGAUGUUAAGGAUGUGCAGUCCAUGGAGGAAGUUGUUGAGCCUCUAAAUGAGGGAAUUGUCUCCAUCUCUAACAUCUGCAAGUCUUUCUUGGAUGCACAAGCUGAUCCCACCACUGACAUAUGCUCCAAUUCUAAACAAAUCAGGAGACAUAUUAAGAAAGCUGAGUGGUACCUGAAAAAAUCAGAGACAAGAAUUAAAACGAAACUGAGAUAUUUCAAUGAACGGAUGGAGCGACUUAUUAAAGAAAAGGGAAAUGUUGAGCAGCAAAAAAAGGAAAAAUGUAUGGCCAAGGAUAAAUUACAUAUUGAGAAGAAAUCUGCUAAAGAAUCAUUACAGUCUUCUGAAGCAGCAUUGAAGCAGGCCCAAAACAAUGUAAAAUCAACAAAACGUGCAUUAAGAAAACAGGAAGACAGGAAGGAGACAGGUGCAUUGGUAGCAGUUGCAGGAGUAGGUGUUUCAAUGAUACCAAUUGCUGGAUGGAUUGCUGGUCCAGCAAUUUUCUUUAAUGGAGUAAAUACAAUAGUGGAUGCUUCACAGGCUAUCAGGGAUGCUGAAAACGAGCUUGAAGAAAAUUACUCCAAAGUUAUGAAGAACAGAAAAAGGGUGUCUAAUUACCAAUCAACGAUCUGUAAUAUAGAGAGAGAGAUUAAAGAGACUGAUAAGGUGCUGAAUAAAAUUCAGAGGCAGACUGAAGAGUUGAAGCAGCACCUAGAGGUCACAGCUGCAUUUCAAGAAAUGGUCAGGAAAGCUGUGAACCUACUGAGUGUUCUUACUGGAAGAGUCACUGUACUGGAGAAACACACACAACGUUUCAUCCUCUGGCAGCCUGUGAUAAACGUCAUGGAAGAUGUGUUGAAGGCGGCAGGAAAUGUUGCAGAGAAUCAGUUCCUCUACAGUCAGGGUGCAUCAGUCCUCAUAAAUACUUUGAGGGAGAACGUUGGAGAACUACAGGCUUUAUGCAACUCACCCAGUAAUUCUGAAUAUGACAGCUAUUACUGAAGAAACAAAUGUUUAGUUGUUCACAGUUUUAAUUUGUAUUUUACUUUUAACAAAUACAUAUCUUGUACAUACAUAUAUUGGAAAUGUAUAUGACACUUAAAUUUUGGUUUUAUUUGUGGUUUGGUGAUUGUCCACUAGUGGCUGCACAUUACACAAGUAGGUGACAAAUACUUGGUGACAAAUGUGCUUUUGUAAUUUUGCUGCAUAACUGCAAUUUGUGCUUUGUCACCAGCAACCAUAAUUAAGUUGAUCAUCUUUUCAGUUUUUUAGAGCGGGUAAUUUCUGUCUUUAUCCUAAAUGCACAAACUAAUGUGCGAAUAUAUAUAUACGAAUGACACCUUUUAACAUUUAACAUUUAAUCAUUUGCAUUAUGUUCUUCUGUUUUUCUCCACAUUGUACAGUAUAUGUGUUCCUGACAAACAUGCUACUUAUAAUAACUUACACCGUUAUUAUAUUCAAAUCAGUAUAAUUAGUAUUAGUAAAACAUAUACAUAAAACAUAAUAAUGCCAAUAUUAUUAUAAUCAGUAAUAAUUCAUUUACACUACUAUUAAUAAGCAAUUUCACAAUCACCAUGAUAAAGUAAGAACAGUGAUUAAGUAAGUUGAUGAUUAUUUCAAGUAUUAUUUUCAAGACAGACAGAGUAACUUUUUAGCAAGUAAAUCACUUACAAAGAAUAAUAAAAGUAACCAGCAGAUGGAGACAGACAUUACGUUUUUUACACAGAACAAUUCUUUCUUUCUUUUUUAUUUCAGUAGAUGAUGUUUGAACACUCAGUGUAAGUUUAACCAGUGUUACAACGAAAUAAUUUAAAAUAGCACACUGUACCAUACAUGGAUUUCAGUAAAAUUGAUUAGUAGAAUAAGAUUGCUAAACAGGUUUGAAAAAGGCUGCAAUGCCUAUUUGGGUCUCGAUCAUUACUUAAUAAAUCCACCUUGGGUUCCACCCAUCAAAAAGGCACUGAUAAGUUACCCACCCUCGUGCAAAGAAUACAUAUUUAUAUAGAUUAACAAAUGUAUUAAUAAAUUAUUUAUUUUGAUUAUGAAAUCAUUUAUUAUAUAUUGAAAAUAUGCUGAAUGAUAUUUUGUGUUACUAUGUAAUGUUGUGUUAAUAUAUUGAAACAUAUGUGACAAAAAUAUGAUUUAUUAAUACAUAAUUAAUAUAGCCUAUAUUAAUAUACUGUACUAUGUAAUAUACUAUAUGUUAAAUAUAUUUGAACAUAAAUGUAUAUAUAUAGAGAGAGAGAGAGAGAGAGAGAGAGAGAGAGAGAUCACAUCUUAUGGGAACAUGUCCAUUCAGUAUAUUAUGAGGAAAAUAUACAUUGUGAUAUAUAUCUAUGUAUUUGUAUUUGUACACAUUACAUAAAGUACUAAGUCAAUUAAGUUAUAAAUGUUUCACCCACCAUGUUGCCAUGAUGUUAACAAGAUAUCCAAUUGUCCAACUUUUAAUAUUUGUUUUUAGUAAAAUUUUCAGGUAUUUUUCUAAUAUACAAGCACACAUAUUUUCAUCUAUCAAGUGUGUAAAUAUGCAAACAAUAAAGUGAGAUAGUAUGUGUUCAGCAUUAUAUAUG